AUGGGAGAAGUAGCGGAGUUCGAAUCAAAAUUGAGGAAGGUGAGCUUUAAGAUUUCAGAAGAAAGUUUUCUAAACAGCAGAAGACAAAUUUUUAAUGUUUUGACUUUGUUUUAGGCGUUUCAUGAACUUGCUUUGAAGACAAACCAAACAAAUGAUCAGCUGGAAGAAGUUCGACAUUCCAAGAAUAUCAUGGAACAGGUACCUUGAAUUUUUUUUGUCAUUUUUUAGGCUUAGUGUGCUUUUAUAGAAAAUAUGGUUAUGCUUACUUGUUCUUGUAUUUUUUCAGAAUAUAAAAGUUGCCGAAAUUGCGAAGGAAGAAGUGCAGAAGUUGGACCCGGAAAGAAGUGUCUACCAUUCGAUUGGCGGAAUAUUUGUCUACCGAAAACACCAGGAAGAGAUUGAUGAUCAACAGAAAGACAUCGACAGUUACAAAAAACGCAUUGAGGAAUUAGAAAAACAAAGGGAAUAUCUCCAAAAGAAUUUAACCGAUGCUCAGAAAAAUCUCCGAGAAAUGGUUCAACAAAGCCGAGUGGCAAAGGCCUGA